AUGGCUUCUAAUGUAUUCAAUAUUUCCCUUGCUCAAGAAAAUCCAUUUAGUUUAGGGAGUCAAGAUAUCAUAUCAGAAUCUGCUGCUAAUGUCAUUGUUCAAGUUUUGAUCCUUUUAAUGGAGACGUUCAGUCUCUUUGGUAUCUUAGUCAAUACGAUCAACUUGAUAGUCUUCUACAAGCAGGGAUUCAAAGCUACAACAAACAUUGCAUUUCUUGCGCUUUCGUUUGCUGACCUCUUCAAUUUGGUAGACGUAGAGUUAGGUCUGGUGUUUUAUAAUUCCUUCAUCGUCAAUGCAUUUCCUUAUCCCAUUGAACGGACCGAACUAUCCAAUAUAACGUCUACACCACAUCCCGCAUUCGCCAGAGUCAGGUCUUGGAUUUUUGUUUUCCUAACAACUGAAAGAUGUCUUUGCAUCGUAUUUCCUUUAAAGAUCAAACGUAUCAUCACACCAUUUAGGACUGUCGUUGUCUUGGUAAUUAUCUACAUGCUUAACAUAGCAGUAGUUGUUCCAUUCUGGUUUGAUAUGUACGUAGACUGGAAGUAUUACCCGAACGUUAACAAGACAAUGCUUGGAGUGAAGUAUCGAUUUGACAGGACUUACGUCCGAGCGCCUGUACAUGUCACUUUAGCUGUCAUCAUGUUCACGUCAUUUCCAAUCGUCGUGUUCUUCACCUGCGUCCUCAUCUGGAAACUGCAGAAAGUAUCUCGGUGGAGGCUCAAGUCCGUGAAAACUGACCAGCUGGACAGUACGUCCCAUAGGGACAAAACUAUCGUCAGGAUGGUGGUGGCUAUCGCCUGUGUUCUGAUUGUUUCCCUUGCCCCCUCGAUGGUGUACUUUCUCCUCACCUCCGUUAGCUUGUAUUUUGACGCCAGUAAGUACAAACAGUCCAUCACAGUGUUCAGUUGGUUCGCGUACCUCCUCGACGUCAUCAACUCGUGCGUCAACAUCCUAUUUUACUACCAGAUGAGCUCAAACUACAAGCACAUUUUUAUCAAGACAUUCUUCCCGUGUGGAAGUUGUGCAAUAGGUUUGAAAUGA